UCAUCCGACUGUUUCUCUUAAAUCAUAAAAAUUUUUCACGGGAACCAGAUUCUAAACCUCUAUCAUGUCUCUCAUGGGUUCUAUCUUCAUCUGCAGAUCACACCUAUCAGAAAAUAGACCACCUUCUACAUGUUCUUUCUUUUUCUUAAUCAUUCUACUUGUUCAGCUUCCAUUUCUAAGCCUCACAACAGCCCAAGCCAUCCAUUGUAGAACCACUUGUGGAGAUAUUCCUAUCAAAUACCCUUUUGGCAUUGAUGAUGGUUGUGGAAGCCCUUAUUACAGACACAUUCUUGUCUGUUCAGAUUCUGGAAAACUUGAGCUCAGAACACCUUCUGGGAGAUACCCAGUUCGAAAUGUGAGCUAUUCUGAGCGUCACAUUUUGCUCACUGAUCCGUUCAUGUGGAAUUGCCAAGACACCGAAAAAUUUCGUCCAACAAGGCCAUUUAGCCUUGACACAAGCACGCACUUCUCUCUCUCGCCUCAGAAUGAAUACCUAUUCUUCAAUUGUAGUGAAGAUGAUGUGAUCAUUCAACCAAAGCCUAUCUUUUGUGAACACUUCCCUGACCGGUGUGACUCGUCUUGUGACAGUGCUAGUUAUCUUUGCAGGCACUUACCGCAGUGUCCCUCUGCAUUGAGUGGGAGUACUUCUUGCUGUUCUUACUAUCCUAAAGCCACUGAAUCUCUGAGGCUAAUGCUUAAGUAUUGUGCAAGCUAUACUAGUGUGUACUGGAAAGAUAUUGGUUCUCCACAACCAUAUGAUCAAGUCCCUGAAUAUGGGAUUAGGGUUGAUUUUGAUAUUCCGGUUACCACACGUUGCCUUCAGUGUCAAGAUAGGGUGAAGGGAGGAGGGACUUGUGGAUUUGACACUCAGACACAGAAUUUCCUGUGCCUAUGUGAGGAAAGAAAUGUUACUACUUAUUGUCAAGAUCAUAGCGUUUCUGGGCAUAAUAGGAGGGUUGGUGUUAUUGCAGGGACAGUAACUGCAGUUUCAGCUGCUGGGGCCUUAGGAGUUGUAGGUGGAGUAUGGUACUUGAAGAAAGUGAGAGCCAAGGCACCAGUAACAUGUGGGGUUCAAAGCAACGAGAACAGGCUUUUCUGAAGACAUUCGCCGUUUAACCAAAUACCUUUCUUUUCAUUUCUUAAUUUUUUUGAUUGCUUUUACACUUUUAACAUGUAUGUUUUGAUGGCUUCUGUUUCUUUGUCUAUAUUAAAUUAUUAAGGGAGCACAUGAUUUUGCUUUAA